AUGGGGCUCAAAAGGCAGGCGCACUCCAGCGCGGACACCGAGAAAAUCUCCCACAGUCUUGCGCAGACAAACCGAUGGAUAUUCAGAGGCAUCACCACUGCCGGGAGACAGGAAAGACAAGUCCGCCUCGCGUGUUGGACGAAGCAGCGGCCAGGAACAACAGACAAAAGACAUAUCGCACGGCACGCACACAAUAAUAAUACCACACGGGCACAGCACAGCACAAAGGACGCGGGAAACAAUGACUCUGUGCGACACUGCAACAGCCCUUUCCCUCCCCUCUCUCUCAUUGCCGCCCAAAACCCAAUCUACCUGCGAACCCAAUCAUCUGCGUCUGAAGUCUCUCAGAGGCCGGGCGGCUGA